UACUAGUCAAGUACAUCAAUCGCGGACAAUCGACGGCGCGGGAAGAUGCUUUACCUCGAAGAUUACGUCGAAAUGAUCGAGCAUCUUCCACAAGAGCUACGGGACCGAUUUACAGAGAUGAGGGAGAUGGAUCUAGGUGUACAAAAUUCCAUGGAUAGCCUGGAGAAAAAAGUGAAGACGUUUUUUUCCAAUGCCAAGAAGAUGAAACCCAGUGAAAAGGAAGCAGAGUACGAGGCUAUUAGAAAAGAGUAUUAUAAGACUUUGGAAGAUGCCGAUGAAAAAGUACACCUAGCCAAUCAGAUGUACGACUUGGUAGACAGGUACUUGAGGAGGCUUGAUCAGGAGCUACACAAGUUUAAAAUGGAAUUGGAAGCAGACAAUAAGGGUAUCACCGAAAUCUUGGAAAAGAGAUCCUUAGAAUUGGACCAGCCACCCACGAAUAGCAGCCAGAAAGAAAAUCGUUACAAUUUUACACCGAGCAGAACGCGAGAUAAUCAUAGCCAUUCUCGAUCGGAGAAACGACGGGACUCAAAUGCAUCUUCCACGUCGGUCGAAAAGAGGCUGGCGAUUGAGAAGCUACCAGCAACAACGAGUCUACCGGAGUCACGGCCGGCGUCAGCGAAUUCUGCGCCUAUUAUCGCAACGAAUAGUGUCACGCCGACGCCGACAGCAAUUGCUAAUUCCGUAGGAUCAGUAUGUUACAAUCUCGGUCAUAUCGGCGCCGGUGGUAAUGCCAUUGCGGCAGCCGCGUCACAGGCAAUUGCGGCCACGCAAUCAAUGCAGCAGGGUAGACGCUCGGCUAGUUUAAAGGCAAGUUAUGAGGCCAUUAACACCGGUGGCGUACAUGCUGCGGAAUUCAGCAGGGAACUGGCCGGCGCGGCGCAAACCGCCAUCGCCGCUAUCCAGGAGACUACAAAGAAACAUAAAAAAAAAGUGACAGCUACCGUGCCGAGUUCGAGCGUGAUCGCAACUACAGUGCAACAGCCCGUGUCGCCACCAGUGGUUACAACAACCACGCAAGUAGUAGAUCCGGACAAUCCGGAUUGGACAUACGAUCCGAACGAACCGCGCUAUUGCAUAUGCAAUCAAGUUUCGUACGGCGAUAUGGUGGCUUGUGACAAUUCAGACUGCCCCUUUGAAUGGUUUCAUUAUCCAUGCGUGGGGAUCACUGCGCCACCUAAGGGGAAGUGGUACUGCCCUCAAUGUACGUCCUCGAUGAAAAGACGUGGCGGACGGAAGAACUGAUUAGGUGAGAAAAAGAAGAAGCUAAGAAAAAACCAUGUUGACCACAUUAAGAAAGCAUCGCUGCUACUACCUCUUAGAUACUGUCCGUCAAGUACCGACUUAGUUAGAAAGCUGUUUUUAGCUCUGAUUUUGUAUAACUUUUUUAAUGUGCUGUUUUGAGUCUGCGUCAUCAUUUUGAUCUUCGGUCUUCUCUUUUCGUAAUAUGAUCGAGCAUAUAAAAAUAACAAUGUUAUUCUAUCAAAAUCUCGAACAUCUAAUGAAUAUUACGCUUUUAAGGCUUUCACGGGUAUUUUCUUUAAUUAUACCAGAAGGUUUGAGGGUUAUUGCCGUGUCUUUCUUCAUUAUUAAUCCCAACGUUUCGUGAACGUAUCAGCGCACCUCUCGCCCUGAUGAAAUGAACGGCAUGGUUCACGAAACGUUGGCAUUAAUAAUGAAAAAAGACACGGCGAUAACCCGCAAACCUUCUGGUAUAAUCUAAUGAAUAUCGAAUUGAAAGAUUUUGUAAACAUCUCAAUGUGUUUCGUAUACUGCCGUUACCUCCCAGCAAUAAAGAAAAGGGGGCAAUGUGAAUAGAAGGUUAAUUCGGAAAAUAUGAGAAUCGUUAUAAUGUAUUCUUCGACGAGAAUUUUAAAUUGACUGCUUUUCCUUAAAAAAUUUAGAGUUAGAUAUUAGCUCCUUAACAAAGAAUUUC